AUGGAGAGGCACAGGAAGCGCGAGCUUCGUGAAUUAAACAUACGCGCAUGGGAUGGCGACCAAGACAUCUUCGCCGUGCAAGCCUCCCUCGACUCGUCCAUGAAAAAGAAUACGGCCUUCAUCAAACGCCUGCGGACCGCCGUAAACGCAGCCGCUCAAGCGCAGUUCCUCCAAGAAAUCCGCGCCCUGUCCCUCCAUAAAUAUCUGUCCGAAAUUAUCUCCGCCUGUUACGAAGGCCUGUGCAAGCUCAAGACUCCUGGAGAUAUUGCUGCCGGUGUAGAGAUUGUCAGCGCUCUCCAUCAACGCUUCGGCCCGACAGAGUUCACAGGAUACAUUGGUUGGUAUAUUGGGAGGGGCCUAGCCACACCCGACAAGUCGCACCUGAAGACAUUGGCACCCGAAGUGCGCGAGCGUGAAGAGAAGGAGCGCCUGGCCCGCCAGCGCGUCCUCUUACGAGUCGCCACCGAACUCUGGCUCGUGGGUGUUCUGCGCAGUCUGGAUGACGUAGCCCGACCUGAGGAAGCGAGCAAGGCCAAAGACAAUGGCAAACUCGUUGAAGGCUCUACGAAAACAAAGUCGCGAGCUGACAAUGCCGACGCUGAGCCUUUUCCGCUCGAGGUUCUAAAGGACAUGCUGGGUCACGAUCGCGAACAUGUCAAUCUACCCCUCGUCGUCAUCUUAGUCAAAGCUUUUGCUUGGGAUAUACUGGGUGCCAAGCCAUCUUCUGCAGAGGGUCGCAAGACUGUGAACGAGGACGGGACUACAACUGCAGACAAAAACGGGGAGGCUUCUGGCGUUGAAGACGAGGAGCAAGAUCCGCCCAUAAUCUCCUCAGACUUGCAACAGCGUUUCAGGAACAUCCUUACUCGUUACUUCGAAGAUGUCAAGACGCACCUCCUCCGCGACCAAAAACACAUACUCAGCCAGGGCCGGAAGAACGCCGAAGCGUACGUCAAGUCUGGCGAGGUCUUCGAGGAUCGCCAGUCCAACUACGAGAAGCAGAUGAAGUCCCAAGAGCGACUGGUGACAAAUGCGCAGAUUCUCGCCGACGCUCUGGGUGUUGAGAUGCCAGAUCUCAAAGAGAAAGAUAGUUCCGCAAACACGGGUGAUGGUGCUAUUGGCCUGGUCAAGGCGGGCGAAUAUCUGCGCGGCCAAAGCGAUGGCGCCGGCAUCUGGGAAGACGAGGAAGAGCGCCGUUUCUACGAAAACCUGAUUGAUCUGAAGGACCGCGUUCCUGGUAUCCUACUUGAAGAAGUCAAGAAGAAGAAGACAGACGGUGAUGAACAGGUUGGCAAGAAAAUUGAGGCGAAGCCUGAGGCAGUCGAGAAGGAGGCACCAGACGCUAUGAAUGGCACAAAACCGGCCGAUGGCGAGGACCAAUCUACUGCUAUCGCGAACAAAUCCGUCGGAGCCCAGGUCGAUGCCCUAUUGGCACGCCUUCCAGAACUUGCAACAAAGGAUGCUGUCGACCAGACUGCCAUGGACUUUUGUUUUCUGAACUCAAAAGCUUCCCGCAACCGCCUCAUCAAGGCCGUACAAGAGAUUCCAAAGGGUCGGUCCGAUCUACUCCCUCUAUACUCUAGACUCAUUGCAACCCUCGGAAAAUACAUGGCAGACGUUUCUCAGGGGUUGGUAUCCUACCUCGACGACGAGUUCAGAAGCCUGCAGCGGCGAAAGUCGAAAGAUUUCCUGGGACAGGUGCGAACACAGAAUGUACGUUACCUUGCAGAGUUGACCAAGUUCGGUGUCGUUCCUGAGCAUGUCAUCUUCCACUGUUUGAAAGUCAGCCUUGACGACUUCUCACGAAUGAACAUCGAAAUCAUAUGCAAUCUAUUAGAGAAUUGCGGACGUUAUCUGCUCCGGAAUCCCGAAACUUCUCCUCGUAUGCAUUCUUUUCUAGAAACCCUCCAACGCAAGAAGGGUGCUCAGGUUAUUGGUCAACAAGAGCGCAUGUUGAUCGAGAAUGCUGUGUAUUACGUAAACCCGCCAGAGCGUGCGGCAAUCGAACAGAAAGAACGGACACCAGUCGAGCUCUUCCUGCGCAAGAUCAUGUACCAAGACCUGACUCGUCGUACGCUUGACAAAACCAUUAAGCAGGUACGCAAGAUGCACUGGGAGGAAGAAGAGGUAGUCACUCUCCUCCAUAAGGUUUUUGCAAAGCCGGGGAAGAUCAAGUACAGCAAUAUCCACUUGCUAGCCGUCAUGCUGGGGACAAUCCAUCGAUUCCACCAAGACUUCGCCAUCUCAGUCAUCGACGAUCUUCUCGAAUCUAUCACAUUCGGAUUAGAAUUGAAUGACUUCAAGUUCAACCAACGCCGAAUUUCAGAAGUCAAGUACCUUGGUGAAUUGUACAUCUAUCGGUUAGUCGACUCACCUCUCAUUUUCGACACUCUCUACAAGCUUUUGAAUUACGGAUGGGAAGGUGGGUAUGCGCGGCCCGGAGGAUACAACCCUCUGGACCUUUCCGAUGACUAUUUCCGUAUUCGCCUUGUCUGUAAUCUUCUGGAGACCUGUGGCAUGUAUUACGACAAAGGUGCGGCGAAGAAGAAGCUUGACUUCUUUCUCACGUACCUGCAGUAUUACGUGUGCAUCAAGGAGGCGUUGCCGAUGGACGUUGAGUUCAUCGUGCAAGACGCUUUCAACCUAGUGAGACCGCAGUGGAAGAUAGUCACCAACCUGGAAGAAGCUUCGCGUGUCUUUGCAGAAGCCGUCAAACAGAACUACCAAACAGCGUCGGCCGACAAGCCUGUAGAGCCUGACGAGGACGACAUGUCCGCAUCGGACGAUGACCUGGAUGGUGCCGAAGACGAGGACGUUGUAUUGCCUGACGGCGAAGGAGAUAAGUCAUCUGGCGAUGAAGAUGAAGACUCCGACGAUGACGAGCCUAUGAAACAAACAUCUUCGGACGAAGAAGAAGAGCAGAUUGUGGUCACACGGCAGGAAGACGAACGCGACCCAGAAGCUGAAGCUGAGUUCGAUCGUGAGCUUGCUAAGCUGAUGUCAGAAAGUGCAGAGUCCCGCAAGCAUGACCGCAAGCCUGUCUUCGAUGUGCCACUUCCAAUGCGUCGCGCUCGCGAGGCUCCAGUGAGCGCUGACGACGUUGGUAGCGAGGUACCCGUUCCAGUCGCACCAGCUCCCUCACAGACGAUGAAAUUCUCGUUGCUCAGCAAGCGCGGCAACAGGACGCAGACCCGAUCUAUUGACCUGCCCUCUGACUCAACCUUUGCUGUUGCCAUGCGUAACAAGCAGCAAGCAGAUACAGAAGAACGACAGCGAAUCAAGAGCCUCGUCUUAAACUACAACGAAGCUCGCGAUGAUGCUGAUGACACGACUGGUCUGGACAAGACUCCGAACCCAUACGCGCAGCCGCGCCUUGAUAAAGCUGGUGCAAACCGCAGCAAUCAGCGUGCACGGAAGCUACAGCUGUCAGAUGUCAACUGCCAGAGUCAAGCUCAAUCACCACUUCGGCCUCUGGACCAUUCGCAAAACUACAAGUUUGAUCCUUUGUUGCAUCUCCCUGGUAUCUCGCCAUACUUUGACGCAGUCGGUGUGUACCAUUCUCUCAAGCUGCAGGAUAAGCCCAAUCUGACUCCAUACACAGGUUUUGGUCUCGAGCACCAACCUCCCAUCGGCUGCAACGUCACCGCCGCAUCGUACAUCAUCCGACACGGUGCCAUCUAUUCCAACGACGCCGAAUACGAGGAAUACAUCAAGCCUUUCCUCUGGAAGCUCGAACAGCAUCGCCAAGGAUGGACUGGCCCAUUGGCCUUCAUGGAGAAGUGGCAGUCCCCAAUCUUGGAAGAUAGGUUGGAGGAACUGACGCCCUCUGGCGCUGUGGAUGCUGAGCUGGUAGGCAAGCAUCUGUUGCAACGAUACCAUCACCUCGUCCCAGACACGAAGAGGAUAUUGGCAGACAAGAAGAGCAGGACGUUUGACACGGCUGAGAACUUUGUCAAGGCGUUCCCGCAAAAGGACGACAUCGAGAUCGUCAGGAUUACGGAAAACACAAAUGGAAGCAUGGAGAGCUUGAUUCCACACAAGUCGUGCAAAAACUUCUCCAAGAAACCUGGUGAGAAGCAGCAGAAGAAGGUCAUCGAUCUCUAUGGUGCUAGCGUCGCGCAUCGCCUCUCGCCUUACACACCGUUCAAGCUUGAGCCCAAAGACGUUGUCGGCUUCCAAAUGCUGUGUGGUUACGAAUCUGCUAUCAAGGGCGAGCGAAGCCCCAUCUGCGAGCAAUUCACAGACUCGGAAUGGAUGGCGUACGAGUAUGCAUGGGACCUGAAAUAUGCCUACAUGGUCGGUCCUCUCAACCCUCUCUCCCCUUACCUCGGUUUCCCGUGGCUCCAGGCUCAAUCUGAACUUUUCGCACACAUUGAAAAGCAUGACACACCCGGCGAUGGUUGGCCUGAUCGGCAGCGCUUCUUUCUCGGUUUCACUCAUCGCGAAGUCCCGCCUUUCAUCGCCACUGCUCUCGGGUUAUUCAACAGCUCUUCCGACGCCGCAGAGCAGUUUCCCACCGACCAUAUCAACUGGACGCGUGCAUGGAAGAUGAGUGACCUGAUUCCCUUCCUUGGCCACGUUGGUAUGGAAAAGAUGACCUGCGAGCGUGGUGGCGUUCAUGGCGACGAGCCAGGCACCUAUGUAAGAUUCAUUGCUAACUCUGCACCAAGGCCAAUUCCUGAUUGCCAGGAUGGUCCCGGUGCGAGUUGCGAGUUUGGAAUGUUUAGAAAAAUCAUUGGAAAGGGCGCAAAGUCUCAUAAGGACUUUCACAAGGUUUGCGAUAAAAAGAAGUGCAAGGACGCUACUUGUGUAGAGGAGGAGGAGGUAUAG